CAGUCACGGUUUAAGCAGCCGGUGUCGGUCUACUUUCACUAUCACUUGAAAUGUAAUUAGUGAUGGGGUCAGGGGUUGCAGCACCCAGACCCCCUUCUACCUCUCAAACCCAGUGUGCCAAACGUGUGACGGCUCCAAUGUCUGCAAACGAGGAGCGCACCUUCAUUGCCAUCAAGCCCGAUGGCGUGCAGAGGGGACUCGUCGGAGAGAUCAUCAAGCGUUUUGAACAGAAAGGAUUCAAGUUAGUUGCAAUGAAGUUAACCCAGGCCAGUGAAGAUCUUCUUAGGCAGCACUACAGUGACCUGAAGGAUCGGCCUUUCUUUCCUGGACUUGUCUGUUACAUGUCCUCUGGCCCUGUGGUUGCUAUGGUGUGGGAGGGUUUUAAUGUUAUAAAAACUGGCCGUGUGAUGCUUGGCGAGACUAAUCCCAUUGACUCAAAGCCUGGUACUAUCCGAGGUGACUUUUGUGUCAAAGUUGGCCGGAACAUCAUCCACGGCAGUGAUUCUGUUGAUAGUGCCAACACUGAGAUCAGCCUAUGGUUUACAACAGAAGAACUCUGUGACUAUUCCAAAUUUCAGCAUAGUUGGAUCUAUGGCUGAACACUUUCUUCUUUCCCUCACUGGUGUUUCUGCAUUGAUUCGCAUUCUAUUCCCAUUGUUUGUGGUGGUUGUCUUUACAAUAAAAUCAAAAAUCAAUUUGUAAUUGAUUGCAUAUUUUUAGUGUGAGAAGUAAUAGAAGCUCUACAUUUAUUACAUUUCAACGUCUGAGUUCCGUGGACAGUGUAUG